AUGGAAAAGCAAGAGAAAAUUGAACUCACAUACGAAUACGCGAAACGUAGGAAGGAAUUCGGCAAGCAGACAUUAUUCGAAGACCAUGGCCCAGAGAUUCGCGCUAGCAUACCCAGCAAUCCUGGUAUUUAUAAGAAUUAUGUUCUCCGUAAUCCAGUGCACACUGCCGUUCAACAUACCAAGUCUUUCUCUGAACAUUGGGUGAAUUCUGAAAGGGCAGAGUACUCGUGUUCUGGAGUGAACCAUAUCGAAGGAGGUUGGCCAAAGGAUAUCAACAUGGCUGACCCUGAAGCCACACAAAGAUAUCGCCGUAAAAUUGAGAAAGAUGAUGCAUAUAUUCACGCCGUAAUGCAUUUAGGAAAUAGCAUGGAACACAACAUUCUUCAAAACAACGCUCUGGAUAUGUAUCAAAUAUACUAUUCUGAGCUUCCUACCAUAGCGCCUGUAGAGCGAAGUAGUUGCCAAACAGUCAAUGUGUACAGAGAGCCUGGGGUCAGAAGACCCGUGCGGUCGCUGUCUUGGCAGGCAGAUGGCGGGGCCAAAUUAGCUUCUGCACAUGCCGAUGUGGACCUCACGAGGAGUAAUAGGAAUUCGCAAUUCUCUUACAUUUGGGAUAUAGAAAAUGCAAACGCACCAGAAAUGGUAAUUAGACCGCCCCAACCAUUAUUAGAUUUACAGUACAAUCCACGAGACCAGAAUAUACUUAUUGGAGGCAUGUACAACGGGCAGGUUGGCUGGUGGGAUAUGCGCAAAGGAAGUGAUCCAGUUGGUAUUUGUGCACCCCACAGUGCUCAUAGGGACCUCGUCAGGAAUGUCCUUUUUAUUAACACGAAAAUAGGGGCUGAAUUCUUCUCGUCUUCACCAGACGGCGUGGUGAAAUGGUGGGAUACCCGAAACAUGAAUGAACCAACCGAUUCCAUGAUCAUUGACAUCGUAAAAAAUCCAACGGACACUCCAAGCAUCGACAAAGCGAUUGGAAUAUCUGCUCUAGAAUAUGAAGCAACCAUUCCAACCAGAUUCAUGGUUGGAACUGAAACUGGGCUUGUGAUUGGAGGAAAUCGCAAAGGAAAAAAUGCUGUAGAAAAGCUUCCUUCUAAGUAUGAAGCACAUCUUGGGCCUGUAUACUCCCUACAAAGGAAUCCCACGUUCCUCAAGAACUUUCUCACUGUCGGAGAUUGGACUGCCAGGGUGUGGAGUGAAGAUUGCCGGGAGUCUGCCAUUUUGUGGACUUACUCGCACCGUACUAAACUCACCGAUGGUGCGUGGAAUCCCGUCAGAUUUUCAUGUAUGCUCAUAACUCAAUGGGAUGGGUGCCUGUCGUGUUGGGAUCUGUUGCGAAGAAGAAGUGCUCCAAUAAUUACUGCACAACUUUGCGACGAGCCUUUAUUAAGAUUACGACCUCAUGAAGCGGGUCAACUUGUGGCUUGUGGCAGCAGCAAAGGUACUGUAUACUUAGCCGAACUGUCGCAAAACUUAGGUACGGCAGAUAAAAAUGACAAACAACUCCUUACUCAGAUUCUAGAUCGUGAAAACAAACGGGAACGCAUACUUGAAGCUCGCAUGAGGGAAAUGCGCCUGAAAAUGCGACAAGAACACUGCGGCCAACAGGGAACGGAUAACGAUACCGCAGCAAGCGACAGAGACCUUGAAGAAGCGACGGCGGAAUACAUGCAAAUGAUCAACGACUUGCAAACGCAACAAAAACAUUCGCAAACUUAACAUUUAUAGAAUAACUAACUUUCCGGCUUCGCCGGUAUGGCCCCUAGGUAACUGUACUUAGAUAUCAAUUAUUAACAUGACGUGAAUAUAAUUACGAUGAAAAAUUGAAUAGUAAACAAUGGUUACUAUGGUAACGUUUUAAUUCCCUAUACAAACUUCCACUCCCAUUUUCAUCCCUGUUUGCUGUUUUUCAAGAUUCGUGAAUAAAGCCGCAUUUUUACCGCAUAUAAUGUAGUUUUCUGUAUAUGAAAGAAUUUUUAAAAUAUGUCCAAUAGUUUCGGAGCCUAAUCGAUCCAAAAACAAACAAACAAUCAAAUCUUCCCUUUUUAUAAUAUUAGUAUAGAAGUGGUACACGAGUGGUAUAUACAUAAUUCGUUCUAUAAUGAGAUUUUUUAUUAGGCCAGGUGUUGAUAAAUGUUUGCGGCCGCCUAAUUCUAUAGCCAUAUGACACGACACGAUAUGACGAUAUUUCUUUUUAUUUUCCUAAUUUGACGUAAGUUUUGAUGCAUAAACGACUAUUUUGUCAAAUCAUCAAUCUUUAUCGUUUGUCGUUAUUAAAGUACAUUUAAAGUAGUGACAUUAAUCACCAUAAUAUCGUUAAGAUGUCUAAUCCCGUGGUUAGAGAAUCAGGUUGUCUGGUUAUCUAAAUUGAAAUGUGUUCGAAUAAUUUUAGAACCCUGA